AUGUCGAUGUCACGGUUCGGCUGCUUCGUCGGCUUAGCUCUCUUUAUUAUCUCGGCGGUGCACGCCGAAGAUCCUUACCUCUACUUCACAUGGAAUGUGAGUUAUGGGACAAUUUCUCCUCUUGGUGUACCCCAACAAGUUAUUCUUAUCAAUGGCGAGUUCCCCGGCCCCAACAUUAAUUCCACUUCUAAUAAUAACAUUGUUCUUAAUCUCUUCAAUAAUCUGGAUGAACCAUUUCUCCUCACAUGGAACGGAAUCCAGCAGAGGAAGAACUCAUGGCAAGAUGGAGUACCAGGCACAAACUGCCCAAUUUUACCCGGGCAUAAUUUCACCUACCACUUCCAAGUGAAGGAUCAAAUAGGUAGUUUCUUCUAUUUUCCCUCUAUCGGCAUGCAGCGAAGUGCUGGUGGUUUCGGUGGUCUUCGUAUUAAUAGUCGUCUUUUAAUUCCUGUUCCAUGAUCCCCCGCCGCCGACUACACUGUCUUGAUUGGUGAUUGGUACACUAAAAGUCACACUACUCUUGCUCGUUUCCUCGACCGAGGCCGCAGCCUUGGCCGCCCAGCUGGCAUUCUCAUCAAUGGUAAAGCCGGCAAAGACAGCCACGGCAACGAUGAAGAACCUCUGUUUUUCAUGGAAGCCGGUUUGACAUACCGUUAUCGUAUCUGCAAUGUCGGUAUCAAAACAACUUUGAACUACCGAGUACAAGGCCAUGAGAUGAAAUUAGUCGAAAUGGAUGGUUCACACACUCAACAAAACACUUAUGAGUCUCUCGACAUUCAUGCCGGACAAUGUGUCUCUGUCUUGAUCACCGCCGAUCAAGAACCCGGUGACUACUACAUGGCGGCGACACCAAGGUUCACCAAGUACACCCUCACUGGCACCGGCAUAAUCCGAUACAACAACUCUAAUAAGCCACCAUCUCCGGUGAUUCCCGAUGCUCCUGUCGGCUGGGCCUGGUCAUUCAAUCAAUGGCGAUCAUUCCACUGGAAUCUCACCGCAAGUGCGGCGAGACCAAACCCGCAAGGCUCUUACCAUUACGGCAGCAUCAAUAUUACCCGGACAAUCAAGUUAGUGAACUCUGUUGGUGUUGUUGAUGGUAAAAGGAGAUAUGCUCUCAAUGGAGUCUCACAUAAAGACCCUGAGACACCAUUGAAGCUCUCCGAAUACUUUGGCAUUGCCGACAAAGAGUUCACAUAUGAUGUAGUGAACGAUGAACCACCACCGGCCGGCUCACCGAUCAAAAUACAACCAAGUGUUAUAAAAGUAACAUUUAGAACAUACAUUGAGAUAAUCUUGGAGAAUCCAGAGAGGAGCAUUCAGUCAUAUCAUCUCAGUGGUUUUUCCUUCUUCCCACUCGGAAUGGGGGCCGGGAAGUGGACGCCGGAGUGCCGGAAAAAGUACAACUUGCUGGACACAGUUAGUAGGCAUGCAAUACAAGUGUAUCCGAGAUCAUGGACGGCGAUAGCACUGACGUUCGACAACGCCGGAAUAUGGAACUUGAGAUCAAAUUUAUGGGAAAGGCAGUAUCUUGGGCAGCAAUUGUAUAUUAGUGUGAUAUCUCCGGCGAGGUCACUGAGAGAUGAAUACAACCUGCCAGAUAAUGCAAUACUUUGUGGAUCAGUGGUGAAACUUCCAUUGCCACCACCUUAUACAAUAUGA